AUGGUAUCUGGAGGAGAAUUGCUCAAGGGUUCGUAUGAGGAAUUGGUCACCUUCAAGAGGACUGGAGGGUCUACGUCGUCUUUCUUUUGUGUUUGUGUGGACACCCAAUCCGCACACGAUCAGCGUGGCCAACCGGAUGUACGAGGGAUUUUCUGGUUCGCUGCGGCCAGUGUACUCAAUAGUUGGUUGGCUUCUAAACAUUUAAACGUUACUACAUUGAAUAAUAUUCGCUUUCGACAUCCCGGUGUCCCAAAUUCAAUAGAUGACAGCACUAGACUGCUCAGGGAGUAUCAUGCACCCUUGAAUGCUAAUACUGCUUGUAAUUUUAUGAACAGCAGCAGCGACGAAACUGUCAUCACCGUUUCUGAUCCACUAGCAUCGUUUUAUUCAACAGCCAGUGCUUGGAGGGAUGGGCAUCUCAGGGUACCUGUGGUACACUGGCUACAUGCCCGUGAUUCCGCUAUGGCUGGUCAAGUUAUCGGAAUGCGGGCCAUAUCGUCAGAUAAUCUGGAUUAUCAUGUAGACGAUCCGGGCCAUCGUCACUCAAUAGUUAAGCCUGGAUUUUGCAUUGGACACCCUUGUACUGUAGUCGAUCCAAGUGAGCUGAUAGACGAGGAAUUUUGGUCUGAAGAAGAUGACGAAACACCGCAAUGUCCACCGAAAGUGCUUGCAAAUUUUGAGCAAAACGCGUUUUUACCAGUCUACGAUGAGCUGAUUACCGUUUUGUGA